AUGAGCGAAGAAUGUUUCCCCGUUGAACCCUUUUCGGAAGAGGAGAACACAAAAGAGAUGGAAAGUUUGUCACUUGGGAAAGACCGCCCGUCCAAAACGUUCUCUGACAAACAAACUCAAACAGAUCUUGUUGUCUUCACUCCAAAGAUGCGAAUGAAACGACCUUACUUCAUGACUAAUCCUGUGGAUGAUGAACCGCAAAAUUUCAAAUUGUUGCAACCACCUGGGAAUUACACAUUGACGGAGAUGUUUGACGAUUUAAGGUGUAUUGGGGACUCUCCUCUAUCGAAUGUCAGUCCAUCAACCUCAUCACAACUUCAAGAUCUGCAAACUCUACCUCGGGCAUACACUAGUCCAUCACAAAUGAUAAGAUGCGCAGAAUACCCGCAACAAUUCUUAUCUCAGCCACACCCUUAUGCGAAUAAUUAUGCUUAUCCUUCUUUAGCAGAAGGAGAGCAUUACACGCUUACGCGAGCAUAUUCUAAUCCAGCUACACUGGUAAGAGAUCGGAAUAGUGUCGAACAGGUCUCACACCCGAUCUCAGCUUAUUUCACUCCUCACUCGCGUCCUUUCCUCUCAUAA